GUGGAUUUCAGAAGCAGUUGAAAGAUAUGCCGGUUAUGCUGUGGCGGCUCCAGGGAGUCGCCGUUGGACUGAUCGUGAUCCACUUGGACACGGGCAAGGGCUUCGAGGAAGAUAGUGCGCGCAAGAUGGCGCAGUUGCUACGCAUUGUCAAGUCCAUGACUGUGCCCUGGGUGACAACUGGAGAUUGGAACAACAC